AUGAGCACGACCCGCUCCGAUCACGGUAGCGCCGACCUGGGCGCGCAGUUCGUCACCUGCGAGCCGGAGCUGGCGGGGCCGCGGCUCAGCUUCUACGAGGAGCUUGUCACCCACGGCAUCCUGAAGCCACUGACGGCUCCCGUGGAGGGGCUGGUGGAGAGAGAAGGCUCCCGCAAUUUCGUGGCACCCCAGGGCAUCUCCUCGGUUGUCAAGUACUACUUGGAGCAGUCAGGUGCAGACGUGUCCUAUGAGCAGCACGUAACUCACAUUUCCCUGCGGGAUGGCAGGUGGGAAGUCUCCAGGAAAGCUGGGCCCCCGGAGCAGUUUGAUGUGGUAAUUCUCAGCAUGCCUGUCCCACAGAUUCUCCAGCUGCAGGGUGACAUUGUCAACAUAAUUAAUGAAAGUCAAAAGCAGCAACUGGAAUCUGUGAGCUACUCAUCCCGUUAUGCCCUGGGACUGUUUUAUGAGGCUGGCACGGGGAUUGGAGUCCCCUGGGCCGCUCGCUACAUCGCCGAUAAUCCCUGCGUGCGCUUCAUCUCCAUCGAUAACAAGAAGCGCAAUAUAGAGUCUGCUGAAAUUGGGCCCUCAGUGGUGGUGCACACCACUGUGUCCUUUGGCAGCGAGCACCUGGACUCAGACCCCGCCGAGGUGCAGCAGAUCAUCCUCAGCCACCUGCAGAGGGUUGUGCCCUCCCUGCCUGAACCCAGCAGCAUCAAGUGCCACAGAUGGAGAUACUCCCAGGGAUGCAUCAAGUCCAGGGCUGAGACUUGAGAACACAACCUAAGAAGAAGAGUGCUGCCUGUGCUGCCCUUUUCCCAGGAAUGUGGGCAAGUUUCUGUCCAUCUCUGGGGAGAAGAAAUUAAGCAAAACCUGCUGAUUAAUGCAUCAGUCCUGCAAAGUCCAGCAGAAUGGAAAAUUUCCCACUCCACCCUUUGGAGUCACAGGAACCAGGCCUCUCAAGACAAAAAACAAAAUGGGAGGAGGAGGAAGGUCUCAGUAAAGAGGAGAUUGUGAAGGUUGUGCCAUCAUCCCUUGGAGCAGUGAUUCCAAAGUAGGAUGCACGAGAUGAUCCAAAGUGCAGCAGGAGGAAAUGCCUGGAUGGCAGUAGCACAUUAUGUAAUUUAUAAACACACACACAAGUGAAGUCCAUGCUGAAAAAUGUUUUUUGCACAGAGGGGAGCAUAAUAAAAAGAAGUUUGGAGACCACUGACCUGGAGGAAUAGCCAGUCCCAGCUGGAAUUUCAGCCCAAAACUCAGCUGGGGGAGGUUUUGGUGCCAGUCAUAGGCUGCUUCCAGGGAGAAACAACGCGUCCCAAAAUUCCCUUUCAGCCUCUAAUGGAAUAACCACCAGCGCUGCAACAUGCAGCAAAAGCCUCUGAGAAGUUGCCAUCAACUCAUCACAAAAAAAAAACCAACGAUAAAAAAAGCCCUCAGUGGAUUGACCAGUGUUCAAAAAUACAUCCAAGGGAUGCUCUUGCACGUCAGCCUGCUCUGGCACGCUCCUUCUGCACAGGCUUCCAGAUGGUACAUCUUUUAGCCCUUCCUUUAUUUUAAGAUGACAGCCUGAGGCACAGCAGGACCAUCUCACUGCUUUAUUUGAGAGCAGGGAAAAAUGAAAGUUCUCCCAGCAAAAAAAGAGAAAUUAUUUUUUCUAAAAUAAUUGCAAGACAAAUAAUUCUCAGAUUUCCUUUUAUUCUUGUUAUUCUUCCCCACGCAAGGCCACGGUUUUCAGAGAGGCCAGCUCAGCAGAGAUUUCAAGGAGCCUCUUGGUGGUUGAUAGUCCCUGUAUUGCAGUCAGUGAUUCACAGAUUAAUUUAUUUUUUGAGUCUAAGUCAUGCACUCCACACUGGACAACUUCAAGUGCAACCAAAGAAAGCCUAUACACUAUAGAUCUAUUUAUUAGACAGUUUUCAAGGUUUUCCAAAAGGAAUCUGUUAAAAUGAUUUCACACCCUCUUUCAGUUAAAAAAAAAUAAAAAGAAAUUAAUUUCUCAGGGUUUGCUGUGGAAUCAAUCGAGUUCAGGAGGAAAACUUUAAUCUUGAUAAUUAUGUAUGAUUUAAGUGGGAUACUAUAGCAGGCUGGGGGAAAGGGUUGCAUGUCCAGCAGGGCUGUGAAUUGGACAAGCUGCUUUUCCUGCCACCAUGUCUUG